UGUCAGUCGGCCAGGAGCCUAUUUUCUGGCAUUGCGGAGACGUUCGCUUUGUUCCUUUCUCUGUUUGGUUUGCCGGAGGUCUUAGAAAGCUGUGAUGAGCCGGAACGCCAGGGGUCCGGCCUAAGGCAGCAGUUGCUGCGGGGGGCACCAGAAGCUUCACUGAAUCUUCAAUGAGCAAACAUUAAGUAUUCCACAAGGAGGCAGACAAUUAUCUUUAAGUGCUCCUAGAUAUAUCUUCUGUUCACCCUUGAUGUAAAUAAAUCUUAGGGUUACUCAGUUCGCACUUAUAGUGCUUUUUAUAGUAGCAGCAUAACAUGACCUUUCUCACAGAGUUGACGCUUGUGAACCUUGAUCUAUCUUCACAAUAUUCAUGCCAUUUGAGAGCAUUUAGAAUGUUGCAAUGUCAGAUAGUUGCAUUGCAUUUUAUCCAUGUAUCAGUGUAGAAAUUACAACAGAAAGCAGUGCUAUUAUGAGAUAAAAGUUCAGAUGCUUUGUCAUAUGGCAUAGUCUUGGCAGUAAUAUAUGUGACUAUUAGUUGCAAUAACAAAUCCUUCAGUGGAAUAUUUUGAUAUAAAUAAUUUCAAUGACUUCAUUAAUUUUGUAUAUUCUUUUAUAAUGCCUGGAUUUUAAUGGAUUGUAUAUCUUUUAAAAAGCUUGCUCUGUUCUCAAAUCCUUUUGUUGGUGGAAGCAACUGGACAGUCUUCUGUAUAUCUGGUCCCUUUUGAUAUCGCUUGACUCUACUACAGUAUCUUACAAAAAUACAAGCGUGGAAAAGGGGCUGUGGAAAAUUUCUCCAGCAUUAAAAACAAAAUGAGUUAUAUAUGGAGUUGUCUUUCUGUGUAUAAUAUUACAUAAUAUAUAAUAAACACCCGUUUGGUUGCUGGUGGAUUGGUAGAGAAACAAUAUUUUUUAGACUUCAGUCCUAGGCAUAUUUUCUUAGGAGCAAGUGGUUAGUGUAAACCUAAUAAUCCCAAAUUAUUACAUCAGUAAUUUAAAAAUAUUAACAUAUGGACUUCAAAAUCGUAAGAGCAGAAAAACAUAAUGCUCUUAGGCUAUAGUUUGGUUUCUCUUUUUUUAAAGUAAGUUUUCCAUUAUCUGUCCAACAAGGAAGACUAAAGAUGUUUUUUUAAAAAAAAAUGGGUUCCAGAGCUUAAGGUAAACAUAUUACCUAGUUCUGGGUGUAGCAGAAGACAAAACUGUAAGAAGUCAUUGAAUUCUCUCCUUGAUCAGCCAAAAGCAUUCUACACAAGUUGGUGAAAUAGUUCUUUUCUACAGGGAAUUUUAGAUCUUUGGGACUGGGGAGGCUAGGGGUAUGUAGCCAAAUGCUUUCUGUCAUAUGCAACAUUUUCUUACUAUUAUUAAGGAUUCAUGAGAUGGCAGGCCACAUAUAAGGACGGUAUUUUGGAAAUUCUGCCAAUUAGACAAAAAGUGAACAUCAAAAUAUGUGUUAGGUGAAUGUAAAAACCUUGCAAGAGGCAUGGAACUACAUGCCAUAGCUUCUACCCCCAAAAUGCUCUAAGUAAACAUCCUCCAGAAAGCCAUAUAAAGUUCAAUCCCACAGAACUAAAAAGCAGCAAUUAUUUUUUUUAACAUCAAUGUACAAGAGAUAAAAGUAUAACCUAGUCUUGCUGUCAAGAGACUGUUUUUUAAAUGAUGCACUUUAGAGGCCACUUUCUUUGUAAACCUAGUGGAAUAUUGAGUUUUUUAAUGCUUUUAGAUAUCGUCUCUAUUUUUGUUUGUUCCUGUUCCUUUUAGAGAUUGUCUUUUCUGCUCUUACCAACCACCUACUAAAGCUGUUUAAAUGAGAAUGUCCUUGGCGCAGAGAGUGCUGCUCACAUGGCUCUUCACAUUACUGUUCCUGAUCAUGUUGGUGUUAAAACUGGAUGAAAAGGCGCCCUGGAAUUGGUUUCUAAUAUUCAUCCCAGUUUGGAUAUUUGAUACUAUUCUUCUAGUUAUGAUCAUUGUGAAGAUGGCUCGUCGUUGUAAGUCUGGCUUUGAUCCUCGCAAUGGCUCCCCAAACCUCAAGAAGAAAGCCUGGUACCUUGCAGCAAUGUUACUUAAACUGGCCUUCUGCCUUGCCCUCUGCGCAAAAUUGGAACAAUUUGCUGUAAUGAAGCUGGCUUAUGUCUUUAUCCCACUUUGGGCUUUGCUCAUUGGAGGGAUGAUAGAACUUGGGUAUAACAUCUUCAAUCCACGAAGGGACUAAUUUGUCUGUAACUGGGUUUAGCCUUUGUUUGGUCAGCAUUACAUUCCUGAGCACCAUUAGCUUGCUAUAAUCUUGCUGCACCUAAAGGAUCUACAAUAUAAGUAUAUGUUGAUGUUCUUAUGUUGUUGGACUUGACUGUUCAGCAGGUGGAGCACAGCUGUCUGGUUUCUAUGUAAAUAGUGUAAAUAAAACAUCUUCAUAUUUUUUAUGUA